AUGAAGACGUCCAGCGCCCAAGCACAGCCGCUUCAGCGCGUCGACCAAGCUAUAUCGCACAUGCCAGCGUUGCAGGGACACCCAGAAUACUUGGCUAAUGAGUCUGGUUACCACGACGAAUUCCUUCAGACUGCUCAAAAUCUUGACAACCUUCAAUAUCCUCUUGAACCGGAUGAAGACACUCUACCACCUCGAAUUCCUCUUGGCCUAGAGGACUAUCUUCGACAACAUCAUCUUCGACCAGAUUACGACACUCUACCGCCUCCUCGAAUAACAUCGACUUAG